GUUUCUGACAUUGUCUGGUCGCGAGCGAGCCCCUCCGCCGCCGUCCGUGCCUCUCUUCAACAGAGACGCUAGCAAGUCCCGCUGCUGAGGCACGACCAAUCCUUCUGUGCAGAAAAUAGAAGGAAGAGCUAAGAGAGACACGAAAGCCUUCAGUGAGCCGAAGGAGCCCCAAAUAUGGCGCUGGACUACUCCACCUUGAAGAACAAGGCCAUCAUCUAUGCUGAGCCCGGAACCACCAAGACACAGGUCGUUGAGCUGCCCGUGACAGCUCCCGGACCUGGCGAGGUCCUUGUAAGGCUCGAAUACUCAGGCGUCUGCCAUACCGACUACGGCUUCUGCACAAACGCGUUCAAAGGCAACCCUAUACCAACACCUCAAGGCCAGAUUGGCGGACAUGAAGGCGUCGGCAAAAUUGUCGCUCUCGGCCCGGGUGUCACAUCCCCGCCAGUAGGGACGGUGGUAGGUAUUAAGUAUGCGGCCGACGCAUGCCUCAACUGCAGCAUCUGCCUCGAAGGCGGCGAAACCUCGUGCCCCUCCGUGCGCGUCUCGGGCUUCUACACUCCUGGCACUUUCCAGCAAUACUGUAUUUCCUGGGCCAAGUACGUGACACCCAUUCCACCAGAGAUCACGGAUCUCGCUGCGGCGGCACCGCUAAUGUGUGCUGGCAUUACCAUGUACACGGCACUGAAGAGGGCGGGUGUGAAGUACAACGACUGGGUGCUCAUUAGCGGCGCAGGCGGUGGGUUAGGCCACUUGGGAAUCCAGUACGCGAAAGCGAUGGGUGCGCGCGUGCUCGCCAUCGACAGUGGCUCAAAGGAGCAGUUUUGCAAGUCGCUCGGUGCAGAGGCUUUCCUUGAUUUUAGCAAGUUCGACGCGGCGGGGCUCGCCACGCAGGUGCACGAAGUGACAGGCGGUGGUGCGCGCAUCGUGCUCAUGUGCGUCAGCCACCAGUCCGCGUACGAUCAAGCCGUUGGUUGGCUAGGUUUCCGCGGAAAGGUGAUCUGCUUGGGCGUUCCCGAGGGUGAUCUUAAGCCCAUUGCCGGCGCGGUCGUGGGAUCCAUGUUAAUGAUGGAGCAGUCCAUCAUGGCGAUCAAGACAGGCAACCGGCUCGAAGCUAAGGAAAGUCUGGACAUUGUCGCGGCCGGUCGUGUGAAGACGCAUUAUCAGCUCAGGAAGAUGGACGAGCUGACCCAGAUAUUCGACGACAUGCACGCCGGCAAAUUUGAAGGCCGCGCUGUCAUCGACCUAAGAUAGAGAUCUUUUGACCCUGCAUUUAGCAAGC